GCCUUCGCACACACGGAGAUGGCCGACCUCGAAUCCCAGCAUCCAAUCUCUCCGGCCAUCUUCAUCCCCGUCACUCUCAAGUUCGAUGAGGUGGUUUACCGGAUCAAAAUCGAGGCGGCGGGAGGCCUGUUGAAGAAGAAAGCGAAAUCGGAGGAGAGACUAAUACUGAAAGGAGUCUCCGGCAGCCUAUUUCCGGGGGAGAUGCUGGCAAUGCUGGGGCCCUCAGGCAGCGGUAAGACCACGCUCCUCACUGCCCUCGGCGGCCGGCUAGGCGGAGAUCUCUCCGGAAGCAUCACCUACAACGGGAAGCCCUUCUCCAACGCGAUGAAGCGCAACACCGGCUUCGUCACCCAAGACGACGUCCUCUACCCUCACCUCACCGUCACUGAGACACUCGUCUACACGGCCCUCCUCCGCCUGCCCAGGACCCUGACCAAGGCCGACAAGGUCCAGCACGCGGAGGGCGUCAUCUCGCAGCUUGGGCUGUCGAGGUGUCGGGAUAGCAUCAUUGGCGGGCCGUUCCUGAGAGGGGUCUCGGGCGGGGAGAGGAAACGGGUCAGCAUUGGGCAGGAGAUGCUUAUUAACCCGAGCUUGUUGUUCCUUGAUGAGCCAACGUCGGGUUUGGACUCGACCACUGCGCAGAAGAUUGUUUCCACGCUGUGGGAGCUUGCGAAUGGGGGCCGGACAGUAGUGAUGACUAUUCACCAGCCCUCGAGUAGGCUGUUUUACAUGUUUCAUAAGGUGCUCUUGUUGUCGGAAGGGAACCCUUUGUAUUUCGGCAAAGGAGACAGCGUCUUGGACUAUUUUUCCAGUGUGGGUUUUGCUCCGAGUGUUGCCAUGAAUCCGGCCGAUUUCUUGCUGGAUCUUGCAAAUGGAGUUGCAACUGCGGAUACGAAUGAAGAUCAAGCCGCGAUUAAGCAGAGUCUUGUGAAUGCUUAUCAAUCGCAGUUAUCAGCAGCUGUGAAGUCGGAGCUUGCUGCGGAUGGCAGUCUUCACAUUCCGACAAACGAUAGGAAGCUUAGGCGUUGGUCGAAUACAUGGAUGGAUCAGUUCUCAGUCUUGUUUCGGAGAGGAAUCAAGGAAAGGAAGCAUGAGUCUUUCUCAACAAUCAAGAUUGUGCAAGUUUUGGUGGUUGCUAUUCUAGCUGGACUCCUUUGGUGGCAAUCCGACAUCAAUCACUUGCAAGACCAGGUCGGGCUCUUCUUCUUCUACUCGGGUUUUUGGGGGUUCUACCCGCUAUUCCAGGCCAUCUUUACGUUCCCUCAAGAACGGAUGAUGCUAACGAAAGAGCGAGCAUCAGGGAUGUACCGUCUCUCGUCCUACUUCAUGGCCUUAACCCUAGGCGACUUGCCCAUGGAGCUAGUCCUCCCGACCGUCUUCUAUGCCAUAACCUACUGGAUGGCGGGGCUCAAGCACACAGCCUGGGCCUUCUUCUUGGGCUUGUUUGUGCUCCUCUACAGCGUGCUAUGCUCCCAGGGGCUCGGGCUGGCCAUAGGAGCAGCAGUGAUGGACCAGAAGUCCGCUACCAUACUUGGAUCCGUGAUCAUGCUCACCUUCCUCCUGGCCAGCGGGUACUACGUGCAGCAUGUCCCGGUCUUCAUAUCAUGGAUCAAAUACAUAUCCAUCAGCCAGUACACCUUCAAGCUCCUGCUUGGGUCGCAGUACGAGAAUGAUCAGACGUAUCGUUGUGGUCCGAAUCAGACUUGCCUUGUUAGGGAUUUUCCGGCCAUAAAAGCGGUAGGGAUUGGCGGGAAUGAGAGCGUUGUGUCGGUGGUCGCCAUGGCUGUGAUGCUCUUGCUAUAUAGGCUUAUAGCAUAUGCUGCUCUCAUGAGAGUUGGUGUCACCAGGAACUAGGCCUCAUUCUUAUCCUUUCAAAAAUGCAUCACAUUUGCACCAUUAUUAGGGUCUUUGAGAAGAGCUGAUUUGAUUAAAUAAAUAAAGUAACCCUCUUUGUCAAUUUUGACUUUUGAGUUGAGGUCUAGAAGACUUGGAUUUAUAUGAUUAGAUAUAGAAUUGAAGAGUGAAAAUUUUGCCUCUUUUAUUUCACUCAAAGUUGUGAACUUUUAACGAAGUUUUUCUUUAAUUUGGAGAA